AUGUUCAAAAAUCGAUAUUCUUUUAGUUUGAGAACUUUCAAAACCUCAUCUAUACUAUUCAAAGAUGAAAAGACUAAAGCAUUAUUAAAAAACCUUGGGCUUGAUCUACAAAAAGGAGAUAUUAAUCAUCAAAGAGAUCAUAGAGAAGAUGAAGAUAAAAAUACUAAUAAUCAUAAUGAAUUAGAUACUGAAGAUUUACCUAGCAAUAAUGAAACUAUAAAUAAAUUAAAUCAUAUGUAUGAUGAAUAUGAAAGUUUUGCAAGUAUGUCUAGUAAAAAUUUAUUAUUUCAAAUUGCAUUAGAUGGGGAUGGACCUUUUAUGUCAUUUGUACUGAAUCAUUGGUUAGAUAGAAAGAAAUUAUUACGAAAUCUACCGAAUAAAAUUGAUGUUUUUAAUCAAGAAGAUAUGGCAAAAGUAGAGCAUAUAUAUAAGGAAUUAUCAAAAUUAGAUUCUGAUCCGAAUUUACAUGAAAGAUAUUUAAAAGAAUAUUUUAAUGAUUAUACAAAUAUAAUGAUAAAUGCAACAGAAGCUGCAAAAUCACUAGAUUCAAAAUUCAAAUCAAUAAGAAGGAAAGAAAAUUUAUUAAGUCAAAUGAGGAAAAGUCUAACUGAUUUAAUUGAUGAAAAAAUUACAAAUUAUAAUGUUGUUGGGUUUGAUAAAUCAUUAAUGGGAAUGCCAUUGAGAAAUACAAGUAAACUACUACCAAAAGAAUUAGUUCAAGAUCUACAAUUUAAGGAUAAUAUAAUAGAGUUGAAAAAAUUUGACGUUAAUGUUUCAUUAGGUAUGGAUCCAUUUGAUAGAUCUAAGAACAUUGAUCCUAAAAAGAAUCUAACUGUUAAAGAAAUACAAGAGAAGAAUUCAAAUGGUAUUUACCAUCAUGAUAGUUCAAAUUCAAUAAUUCAACGACAACAAGCAGGUUAUAAAUUGUUGAGUAACCGACUCAACUUACCAAAACAAUUUAUCAAAGUGGAUAACAUAAUCAAUUUCAAAAGAAUCGAAAUUGACAGGAAGCUAGUUCAGAGAUUAGAAAAAGAAGUCAACAUUAUCAAAAAGACACUAGAGGAUGAAAUUAGUACAUCAGUUCCAACAAAUACAUUUUUACUUGAACCACAUAAAAACAUUUAUUUAAAGACUAAUGAGUAUCUUCUAUGUGAAUUUGAAAACAAUAUUGAUGGCACAUGGUAUAAAUAUAAACAAUUUAAUUAUUUACCAAAUUACUCCACAAUAUUGCCUUUUACAGUUUCAACAAAAAGAAGAUUAAAAAAUCAUUUGAUUAAGAUAUUUUUGAUUAACAUUCAGAAUCAAAUUGACACUUUGUUAUUAUUAAAAUAUCAGGAACUACCCGAAAUGACUAAAUUCAAAUCAACUUUAAUGAACAAUAUCAAAAAUACAAUUAAAUUCAGAUUAUGGAGAUAUUUCUCGAAUCAACAAAAUCAAAAUUCGAAGUUUUAUGAUGCUAUCUUAUUCAAACCAUUUACCGAUAGAUGUUUUAAAAGAAUUUAUUGGGUAAGUAAACCUUUUAAAUUUGGAUUAAGAAAAUCAAAUAUGAAUUUACAUUUAACUGAAAUUCAAUAA